AUGUGCAACGGACGAUCUCAUCUGCUGGUUCAGCUAAUUUACAUUACAUUUUUCCCAGAAUUGUUUUUUCCCCCUCAUCUUUCUGUCGUCAUUUAUCUUUUGGCAGUUUUUGUGGCACAAAGAGUCGAAGUCUCACCUGAAGUGACUGGAUAUAUUGGGAAUGAUGUCACCCUGAGCUGUCAGUUAAUCCAAGGACCAACACAAACCAAUGUUACUCAGGUUCAGUGGGCUCUCCAGGAUGAAGAAGGAACAGGAAAAGUCACUCUCAUUGUUUUCAACAGUAUGUAUGGAGUGAAUAUUUCUGAGAGUCCACUGAAGGAGAGAGUGGCGUUUGAUAAACAUUCGUUGAUAAUUAAGGCUCUAGAAAUGAAAGAUGCAGGAUCCUAUAUCUGCAGCAUUUCCACUUUUCCCAGUGGUACAUUUGAAGGAACCACCAAACUUGUUGUUCGAGAAACGAAACCAUUAUCAGCAGGAAUAGUUCUUGCUAUAGUGACUGCUGUCUUGUUGCUGUUAGCGAUCAUGGUGGCCAUGCUUUAUUUCAUCCGCUUUAGAAGACGCCAUUCUUCAGCUGGGCUUCGUUUCGUCAUUGAUACGACUGGUCCAGAGAGAGAGUCGCAAUCAUCUGCAACUGAGAGAGACCAGGAUGUGGUGUACUCUGACAUCAAAGUGAAACCGUCCAGAGAUGCCUCUCCUUUAACCAAUUACAAACUCAGAGAGAGCGUGUAUGUUGACGACGUCACGUACUCCGAGGUCAUAGUUUCUCGUCAACCCAAAUCAGACACAGAGUAUGUUUACGUUUAGCAUUUUUAUCGUUUUUGUGUUGGUUUAGU